AUGGCGGCUUCACUUCUCAUCUCUCUAACUCUUCUCUCAUUUCUUUCUCUCUCCUCCUCACUCCCCUCAAACACCAUUAUCGAUGCCUCCGAGAUUCUCUCCGACUCUGGCUUCGCUUCCAUGGCUCUUACUCUGGAUCUCGUCUCCCAAACCCUAACCCAGAGGACUCCUUCUCUCACGAUAUUUGCUCCGGCCGAUGACGCCUUUAAGAGAUCAGGGCAACCCGCUCUAUCUCUCCUCCGUUACCACUUCUGCCCCCUCACUUUGCCGCUGGAGACCCUCAAAUCGCUUCCCUCUGGGACCAAGAUCCCGACUCUGUUACCGGGCCGUACCUUGACCGUCACUCAUUCCUCCUCUACCUCUGAAAUUUCACUGAACAAUGUCAAAAUCAGUAGAAGAUUUCCGAUCUUCGAUGAUGGUUCUCUGAUUGUCUUCGGAGUUCCAGAGUUCUUCGAUCCCAAUUUUCAAGCUCCCGGACCCGGUAAUAGCCCGAGGUUUGGUCCAAGAUGCAAAUCGUUGCCAUCGAAGGCUGCCGCCAUGGGGUUUCCGGGAGCUUCUUGGUUUAAAGAAGCCAGUAGAGAUUUGAGGUCCAAUGGGUACUCAUCCAUGGCUUCGUUUCUGGAUUUGCAGUUGUUGGGGUUCAACAAGGACCCGACUACAAUGACUGUGUUUGCUCCUAAUGACAUGGCCAUGGCGAAUCGUCCAACCGAUCAGGCUCAAGACCCAUCAAUCUUUCUACGACAUGUCGUUCCUUGCAAGCUUCUUUGGAGUGAUUUGAUCAAUUUCACUGAUGGAACGGUGUUGCCUACAUACUCGGAUGGGUUCACCAUCACCAUUACCAGAUCGGGUAGUACAUUGAUGAUUAAUGGAAUUCCUGUAACCGUUUCCAACCUCCAUUAUAGUGAUUCUGUCGUUGUUCAUGGCCUAAAUGAGCUUCUUACUGGACAAGCAACUACAUCUGGGUCAGGUUAAAGCAAGACUGAAAAUGAUGCCAUGUUAAACACUUCAAAUCAUGUCUUAGCUUUUAGAAAGAAAUUACACACUUUUCAUUUGCAAUAUUAUACAUAGUUGAAUUGCUAUAAAGUACAGAAUAUAAAGAUAAUUGUUUUUUGGCACUGCUUUUAUUCAUUGAGAAAGUAAAGUAACUUACACAA